UGUUGCUCUUCUUCUUCCCAUUCGCAUUGGAUCUUUUUGCAUAACAAUCAUAUUCUGAAAUAGCGGAUAUCAUCAAUUAAAAUGUCUAAAGCAGCGGGGAAAUUAAAAUCAUUAAAGAAAACAGUCGAGCGAGUAACGCAUACGACAAAACUAAAAACAAAUAUUCCCGCUGGCAUGGCAGCAGCCGGCCCGCCACUGGGUCCCAUGCUAGGUCAGCGAGCCAUUAACAUUGCUGCGUUUUGCAAGGACUUUAACACGAAAACUGCGGAAAUGAAAGAGGGCGUACCACUGCCAUGUCGGAUAUCAAUGAACAGUGAUCGCAGCUACGACUUGGUCAUACAUCAUCCGCCAGCCACAUUUUUCCUUAAGCAAGCGGCCGGCAUUCAGCGAGGCACAAUGACUCCAGGGCGAGAGGUUGCCGGAAAGAUUACUCUAAAGCAUUUGUACGAAAUAGCGGCAAUCAAGAUACAAGAUCCACCCAAUGCAAUGCUAACCAUGAAACAAAUGUGUGAGAUGCUCAUUGGCAUUGCACGAACUUGUGGAAUAAAGGUAGUUCGUGAUUUAGAUCCCACGGAAUAUGCUCAGUUCUUGGAAGAGCGCAAAGUUAUUGUCGAGGAACAGCGACGUGAGCUCCAGGAAAAACGCGAGGCGAAAAUGUUGAGAACGGGCUAAAUAUAUUGUAUGAUUUGUUAAUAUAUA